ACGGAACCCGGUGCCUGCCGGCAGAGCGCAGGCGCGUGGCUCCAGAGCCCGGUUCCUGCCGGUUGGAGUGAAAAUCGCGUCGGAGCCGCACGUGACCGGGAGCGGUCCGCUGGUGAAGGGAGGGGAGUCGGGGUCGCGAUGUGGCAGCGUUGCCUAGUAACGGCAAUUCGAGCUGGCGGAAGGCCCCGGGAUGUGAGGGAGAAGCGGCGGUGGGAGGAGGAGGAGUCCACUUGUUUCAAGAUGAUUCUUUUUAGAUGAGCACAUAGUGGACACUCGGAGGCAGGGCAGGUAUGCACUUACUCAAAAUGAGUAAAUCUCGGAUCUUCCAGAUUUGUGGCAUCAUGGCCUCUGUGUUUAUGAUUCUGUUGAUAAUUUUAUAUUGGGAUGAUGUUGGAACAGCCCAUUUUCACUUGCACACUACUAUUUCAAGAAUUCAGGUUGCACACCUCCCUCUAAAGACAAACUUAAACCAUAACCAGCUGAAUUCCAAAAAGACAGUAGAAGAAAGAAUGCCCAGUUCUGAACCUGACAUUAUUCAGGAUGAUCUUGAUUUUUUGUUGUUUGAAAACACAAAAGGAUACCUACAGGAAGGAGAUUCUCCUGAGAUGGAAGAAACUGUCAAUACAAUAUCUGAACGCAACCUUGAGAAACUCCCAGGCUUUGACUUGGGAAUCAAUUCUGCCAAAACAAAGACGGAGUUAGAAAGGAUACAAAACGAGAGGAAACAAAAUAUUAAAGAUGUGUGUGCAGACUCCAGUAUCAUGUUCUCAGGGAAAAAUAGGAAUUUUGAAGAUAUUCCAAAUAAAGAAUUGGACCAUCUUAUUGUGGAUGACCAGCAUGGCGUUAUUUACUGUUAUGUUCCCAAAGUGGCCUGCACUAAUUGGAAGCGGAUUAUGAUUUUAUUAAGUGGCAGUAUUUUGAAGCAAGGCACUCCAUAUAGUGAUCCACUUGAGAUCCCCAGGGAUUUAGUGCAUAACUCAACCAGUCAUUUCACCUUCAACAAGUUCUGGAAACGUUAUGGCAAAUUCUCAAAACACCUCAUGAAGAUUAAGCUGAAAAAGUACACAAAGUUUCUCUUUGUUCGUGAUCCUUUUGUAAGAUUAAUCUCGGCAUUCCGCAGCAAGUUUGAAAUUAAGAAUGAGGAUUUUUAUAAUCGUUUUGCAAUCCCAAUGCUACAACUGUAUGCUAAUUAUUCUGACCCACCAUCAACUGUAAAUGAGGCUUUCUCUGCAGGAAUCAAGCCCAGUUUUGUCAACUUCAUUCAGUAUUUGUUGGACCCUCAGACAGAGAAGAAUAUGCCUUUUAAUGAACACUGGCGGCAGGUAUACAGGCUUUGUCACCCAUGCCAAAUAAAUUAUGACUUUAUUGGAAAACUUGAAAGUUUGGACGAGGAUGCUAGCUACUUACUGAAGUUGCUCAAUGUGGAAAAGCUUGUUCAGUUUCCACAAAGUUUACGGAACCGGACAGUAAACAGCUGGGAAGAGGACUGGUUUUCAAAAAUUCCAGUAGCUUGGAGAAAACAACUUUAUGAAUUGUAUAUGCCUGAUUUUGUUAUCUUUGGCUAUCCUAAGCCAACAAACUUGUUAUUUGAUUGAUGUUGAAAAUGCACUAGAAAUCUUUUAUAAAGAAAAGUAUGCAGUGAAUUCUUCAUACGCAGCUCCUGGAUAGGCUUUGUCUUGCCAGAAAUAUGAUGGAAGUUUUGUGAGGUUGUCUCAAUUUUGCAUUGCAUUGCUUACAUUUAUGAUACAUGAAAUUAUUCCCCACUCUCAUCAUGCAGCCAAACCACAAAAGUAGUUUUGUUUUCAUUUUGGCCAGUAAAGGACUUUAAGCAGGUCACCUUGCCAAAAUGGAUAGACUUGAUAGUCUGCUGAAAAUCCAGAUUGAUAACCAGUCUCUUGAGUUUUAUAUUCCAUAUAUGCUGAACUGACAAGCAGUGGAAUAUAAUCACUGGCAUUUAUCAAUGUGAUGUUCUUUACUAUGCUGUAAUUAUGAUAUUUUAGGUGAUUAAAUGUGGAUAACUCCAUAGCAGCCAGUGAAAAAUCAAAAGCAAUUUCACUUCUGCUCUCUGAAGUUCAAACUAUAUAGUAUUGGUUAUUUGAAUCAGCACCAGGCCUGUUGCUGUCGUGAGAACUUGCCUUUAUGAAUGCCCACUCCUGUGAUAUUGAUUUUUAAAGAUAAUUCCUUCUCUCUCUAAAAUUUCUUUACUUGUAAAGUCCAGAAUUGAUGUACCUUGCUUUUGUCACAACCUCUGCAAUCAUGAAGGCAUCCUGCGUAACAGGUCUCGGACAAUUACCUGGAUUUCUCACUUGUUAAAGCAAAAGUAGCCUAGACUGCAAGCAUCUUCUGAUCUUCAUAAUUCAUUUUGAUGUAGUAAAUUGAAAGGAAUCUGUCACGGGAAAAUUAAGACAGUGAAGAAUUCUUACUUGAAUUAAAACAUCCCUCUGACCAGACCAUUAGAGUGCAGUAUUAGGUUAAUUUUAAACAAAACUGUAGUAUUAUUACAGGCUAUUUUUAACUUUGCAUUUUUAAAAAUUAAUUCAUGGAAUGGGGAAGUCAUUGGCCAAGCCAGCAUUUAUCACCCAUCCUAAUGUUAUUAAGCAUAUGGGCUACAAGCAAUGCCAUCUGUAACUGUUAUGAUUGGAAUAUUGUCAAAACAAAGUUUUGUGCCUUGAAUUCCUUUAUUGCAGUAAACAGGUUUUGCACAUAAUUCCAGGAAGUGUCAAAUUUCAAUUAGUAAGUUGAGCUACUGACCCUAGUUAAUAAAGUCACAUAGAAAUGUGUCACAAUAUUUGACUAUUGGUAAGUAUUAUACAAAUAUAUAUUUUAUAUGUUUAUGGGAUAAAGCAAUAGAUUUUGUUGAGAGUUAAGAAAGUACCUUGUUUGUUAAUUUUGGGGAUUUUGCACAUUUUGAUGUUUGUAUAGCCUAAGAGAGAAUAGUUAUAGCUAAAAGGAAAACUAAGGGAUUAUUUUCUGUACUAAAUAAUUAACUUUCCAUUUUUCAAAGCAAAGUCCUCUUAUUUUGGAAACUGUCUUAAAUGAGAGUAAUUUUUGCCUCAUGAAAAUCUGAUAUUUUGAAUCUGUUUCUUUGUAAAUAACUGCCUAAUAGCUGCUUUAAUUUUAAUGAGGGAUUGAUUGGGUCUUUGGAGCUGACAGGAGAAAAUUGGAAAUGCUCAUCUGUGAGAAAAUUGUUGCUGCCUUGAAGCAGCAGCUGCCAUUAAAUCAGUGGAACUCUUCCAUAAUGCACACAUUAAAAUUCAGACUUUCUGCAAACACUCCUUAUUUGGGUUUAUUGCAAAAAGACAGCUUCUGUAAGCAAAACAUUAUCUCAUGUGGUCUGAAACUUAAUAUGUGUGUAACAUGUUACAGUGUUUUAUACGUUAAAUUGUUUGAAAUCAUAUUAAAGUCACACUUGCGGCUGUGCACAGAACACCUCACAGUCAAUGAAAUGCAGUAAUGUUGUUUUGUAGGCAAAAGGAGACACUACAACAUCUCAGAAACAGCACUGCAGGAAUGAAUGACUGAAUUAGACUGCCUGCUUGAACCAAUUAAUGUCCAACCUAAAGGGUGUUCCUCUGGCAAAGUGGAAAUUCUUCCAUUUAGGUUACAUGUUGAAGUCCCAGGCUGGAAUAUGAGCCUAUCAGAAAAAACCCCAGCUGUUCACAAUAAAUAUCAAUGAUUUGGACAUGGGAACCAAUUGUAAUUUUUCCAUAUUUUCAGUUGAUGUAAUUCUAAGCAGGGAUGUGAAUAGUGAGAAAGAUAUAAAAUGGCUUCUGGAGAAUUUUGACAGACUUAGUGAAUGAACAAGAACAUGGUAGAAAGAACAUACGGUAUAAAAGUGACAUUAUCCUCUGGUGGGAGGAACAGAUGUACAGAAAAUUUCUUGAAUGAUGAGAGAUUGAAAAGUGUGCAGAUGUGUAAAGGGACUUGGGGAUCCUUGUUAAUAAGUCACUGAAGGCUAACAGGCAGGUGCAACAAUUAAUUAGGAAGGAUAAUGGAAUGUUAAACAAACACAAAAUGUUGGAGAAACUCAAGCUCUAGCAGCACCUGUGGGGAGAGGAGCAAAUGUUUAAAAUCCGAUAUGACUCUUCUUCAGAAUUGCUUUUAUUUUCCAUUGUGGGGUAGGGUGGAAUCAGUGACAGUCACUAAGGGAGAUGUGGCUGUGAAAGCAAGUUUUGCCAAACACUUUAUCAAACACUAGGAAGGAGAUAGAAACAUGCCUAAAGAUUAGCAGAAAUCCAGUUGGAAAAUUAGAACUUCAACGUGGAUAUACCUGGAAGAAAAGUGUCAGUGAAUUAAUACUGCAGGCGCUGGAAAUCUGAAAUAAACACAAAAUGUUAGAGAAAUUCAGUAGGCCUGGUAGAAUCUGUGGAGAGAGAAAUAAAGUUGGCAUUUCGAGUCUGAUAUAACUUCUUCAGAACUGGAAUGUUAGCCUUUAUUGCAAGAUAAUUUGAGUAGAGGUAUAGUGAAGUUUUGCUUCGGUUGUACUGAAGCUUAAUUAGACCACACAUGGAGUUAUGUGUGCACUUUUGGUUUCAUUACCUCAAAAAGAUAUUGCCACAUCAGCAGUGCAACAAAAGUUCGUGAGGCUUGUUCCUUGCUUGGCAAGACCUUCCAUGAAGAGUGAUUGGGCAAGGUAGCCAAGAUUCUCUAAAGUUUCAAAGAAUGACAGGCAAUGUCAUUGAAACCUACAAAAUACUUAAAGGGAUAGACAUGGGGCAGAAAGGGACAGAUAGACAGAAAGAGGCAAUUCAGCUCAUUGAAUCUGCACCAACGCUCCAAAGAGCAUCCUGCCAAAACUCUCUCCCACCCCCAGUGUAAUCCCUGGAUGGCUAAUCUGCCUUGCCUGCAUAUCCCUGGACACUGCAGGGCAUGGCUAGUCCUCACCUACACACCUUUAGACUGUGGGAGGAGACGAGAGCUCCUGAAUGAAACCCAUGCAGAUAUGGGGCGAAUGAAACUCCACACAGACAGCCACCUGAGGGUGGAAUCGAGCACAGGUCCCUGGCACUGUGAAGCAGCAGGGCUAACCAGUUGGAGGUAAGUCGUUUCCCCAAUUGUGUAGUCUAAAAGAAGGGGGUGCAGCUUAAAAAUAAGAUAAAAAAAUCUUUCACUCAUAAAGUUGUGAACCUUUGGAAUUUACUACCCCAGAGGGUGUGAAGUUCAGGUUUGGGUGUAUUUGGGAAGUAAAGAUCAAUCAUUUCUUGAUCACCAAUGAUCUAAAGGGUUAUAGGAUUGGGGUGGAUUAAGGAGAUUCAAGUGUCUGACCAGCCAUGAUUGUAUUAAAUAGCGGAGCAGGCUCAACAGACUGCAUAACCUAUUCCUAUCCCCUUUUGACAGAGCUAUGAAGAUUAACAGUAAGCCAAGCAUAUAGCACUGGAGAUAUGGAUGGGAAUUUUGCCAUCUCCUUAUCACAGUAGGCCAUGUGAUGAAGAGUAAUAGCUUAUUUUAUCUAGAAGUGAGGGAAAUUCACUUCUGAUUCAAAAUAUACAGCCAGAAAAAUUGCAUAUAGACUAAGCAAUUGUAGUUAGUUCUCAAGAGUGUAAAUAUAUUUUACACAGGGCAGUCUGAUAAUUUGCAAGGGAGUGGCAUAGGCUGUUUUCUUGACUUCGAAGUGAUAUUUGUAUACCUAUUAGUUGAUGACCCUAACUUCAGAGUUGAGUGUUAUUUUAAAAUGUUAUUUUAAAAACUUGAAUGGAGAAAAUGUAGUUCCUGAGCAUGAAUGGUUAGGACUGAAGAACCUUUAUACAACAAAGAGCCUUUUACAUCGAUUAUGUUAAUAACAUUCUUUUUUUUUUACCUUGGGUAAUGCUUCCGUUUAUAAAUUCAUAGCCUUUGACACAAGUCAGCAAAAGAAGGAACCACUGUCUGACAAAGAACCUAUCCAUUAGUGCCUUUUUUUUUAAAAGGACCAAUCGUUUCAUUAUGUUAAACUUUGAGAAAAAGCCUAUGCCUUCAACCUUUUUUGCCUGUGUUUAAUAUUUUAGAGAUACAAGUGUGCAUUUGAUGUAAAUGACUCCUGGAUUAAAAAAUAUUACAUUGGAAAUCUGAGUUAAAUAGCCCCCUAUGGACAUAUAAGUGCCUCCAUAUUUCCUUUCUUACCUCACCAGAUUAGGGAGCCAUUUUCAAAAUGCAGAUUGAGCUAACUGAAGGCCAAUGUUAACCAUCAGUAUAUUGACCUUAAAUGUCAGAUGCAUAUGCUAUAGUUUUGCUGCAAGUUUGAACCAUGCUUUUGUCAGAGAAUGUAACAUACUGAAUAAUUCUGCUUUCUGCUGUGUCGGGAUAUCUGAAAGUCAGUGCUUGAAAUUGAACAGAUGCUAAAAACAUGAGAAAGUCUAGAAAUUGUUUUUUGUGAAAAUAAAACUGAGUACUAUGGAUGGAAGGUAACCCUUAAUGUCUCCUUCCCGUUUGUAACUAUUAUUUUGAAACUGUUACCAAUAUUCUUGCCAAAGUAUUCCUUCAGUUAAAAUUUCAAUUUCGUUGUAUUGGCCGCUAGCAUCUGUUAGCCAGCAAUGGUGAAAAGGAUCACUUAAAGAGAAAUAGAACCUCGAACAUCAUAUCUGUGCCAACUACAAUGCAAUUCUAAACUAAUCGUAUCUGGCUGCAAAUUUUCCAUAUCCCUCUAUUCCCUGCCUGUUCAUGUGCCUCUCAAACAUUGCUAACAUAUCUGCUACCACUCUGGCUGUGCGUUCCAGGCAAUUACCACCCUCUAUAUAAAAAAAUAUACUUUCCUCUCUCAUCUACUUUUAAACAUUUCCCCUCUCACCUAUCCCCUCCUUCUAGUUGAUUUUUUCACCCUGGGCAAAAGUUUCCAACUAUCCACCCUAUCCAUGCCUCUCAUAAUUCUACAUGCUCCUAUCAGGUCAUCCCUCAGCCUCCGACGCUCUGGCAAAAACAAUCCAAGUUUAUCCAACCUCACCUUAUACUUAAUACACUCUGAUCCAGGCAACAUUCCUGGUUAAUCUCUUGUGCAACCUCUCGAAACCCCUCUAUCUUGCUAUUGUGUGGCAACCGGAACUGCAUGUGCAAUUUCAAAUGUGGCCUAACUAAAGUCUUAUACAGCUGCAACAUGACUUGCCAAUUUUUAUUCUCAAUUCCCCGACUGAUUAAGGCAAGCGUGUUGUACGCCUUCUUUGCUAUCUUAUCCAUUUGUGUUGCAACCCUUAGGGAGCUGUGGACUUGUAUUCUAAGAUCCCUCUAUAUAUUAAUGCUCCUAAGUGUCCUGCCAUUUACUGUAUUCUUUCUCCUCCAAAUGCAUUUUGCUUCAAGCAAGACAUUAGUUAAUUGAGUUCCAGGCAUACAAUUAAAUAUAUUGUAACCGUAAAACUUGUUUCUGUGCUAACAAUCACUGGUUACACAAUUGCAAUAUCUUGGCAUCUCACCAGAUACUUAUAUUAUCAAGUGCUAAUCUCUAAUGGGCCAGUUGGGCAACUUCCUCCCUACCUUUUCCUUAGAAGUGUGUGAGUGCAACAAGCAAACAUUAUUUUAAUGCCCUUUUCUUUCUUUCUAUGCCUUCACUGUUCCCAGUGACUUAAUUUUGCCUUCCAGACUUUUUGAAACCAAAAGCUUGACUGAGUUAAUAACUAAUAGUUCAGAAUAUUGGUAAACAUCAGAAAAUAGUAGUGGUGAACAAUCAACUCAAAGCAAAUUUCUGAAAAUACCGGAAGAAGAAUUAUGUUAGACUCAAUGUUAAAUGUUACUCUCUCUGCAGCCAAUGCCAGACCUGCUGGGUUUUCUCCAGCAUUUUCUGUUUUUAUUGGUGAUGAACAGCCCUCUUUUAGACUGAAGGGAAGUCCACAAUUUUGUCUCCUAUGACUGUUGUACUUCCUGAGAUAUAUACUGACCUAUAUGAUUUUGGUGUGGAAUUUCAAAGUUUGUAAAUGACAUGAAAUGUACAAAUGUAAUAAACAAUGAUCAGGAAGAGACUUUAGGAGGCCAUAGGCUAGACAGGCAUGUGGGAAAAUAAACUUAGUGAAGAGAAAUGUGUAGUAAUUCAUUUUGGUAGAGAAAUUGUGGAAAAGUUAAAAUCUAAGCUAUUUUAAAAAGGAUGCAGAACCAGAGCUUUAGGGUGUAUACACAUAAAACUUUGAAGAUGGCAGGACAUGAUGAGAAAUUUGUUAUCUCUUGGCUCAUAUAGAGCAAAAGCUAUAAUGUAUUCAGCUGUUCAAACUAAUCAUGUCCCGUAUAACGGACUGCAUUGCUGUGAUGCCUCUUUCACCUUUGCAGAUGAAGAGUUGCAUCUUCAUGUCUUCGAUGACUAUUCUAGAUGAUCACAGUCACACACUGGCAAUUCGCUAAAAUUCUCCACUUGUGCAUCAAAUAUUUGCUAAUUAAGACUGUUUAAAAAGUCAUAUGGGAUCCGUGACUUAUGACUGGAGGCAGAGAUUACAAAAGGAAAGUUACACUGAAUCUUUAUAAAACGUCCUAAUGAGACCUCAGAUGGAGCACUAUGGUCAAUCCUAGGCACUCCACUUUAAGAAUGAUAUCAAGUCCUCAGACACAAUGGGAUUCAUUGGAAUGGUGCCAGCGAAGCAGGAUUCCAUUUACAAGGAAGCAGAGAUUGUUCUCUUUAAAGCAAGUGGCUAAAGGGACAUUGGAUGUGGUGUUCUAAAUUAUGAAGGCUUUCAAUUGAAUAAGGAGAAACUGUUUUCAGUGGCAAACUCCCCAUUAUGAAAGGGCAUGAAUUUAAGAUAAUUGACAAAUGAAGUGGAGUAAAAUUGAGAAUGUUUUUUGUAAUGCAGUGAGCUGUUAGGAUUUGAAUGCUCUGCCUGAAAUGUGAUAGAAGCAAUUUCAGUAGCAACAUUUGAAAAGGAAUUAGUUCAGUACUAAAAGGGAAAACCUGUUCGGUGGUCAAGUCAAAGAGUGGGGUGUUAGGGUUAUUUGACUACCUUUUAAAGAGCCAUCACUGGCACAAUGAAUGGAAAGGCCCUCUUUCAGACUGUAUCACUCUGAAAACCAUAUUUAUAAGUUUGCUUGUAUGAUCUUUCCUCUUUGAGCUUUCUGCAUAUUUUUGAAUUAUUUGUACAGGUUUAGUAACAGUUUUUUUGUUGGGGUUGUGGAUUAUUUGAAGUUCCUUGUUUUUGUAGGUUGUGAGGAAAUACUUAACAAUUUUAAAACCCUAUUUUUCAACAGAAUUUUUAAGUCAUUGAGACAGUUAUUGAUAAAAUGCAAGUAAUGGAAUAUACAUUGAGUCACUUUUAAAAUCUGUGUCAUAGUGCGUUACUACCUUAUUACAAUGAAAAAGUGUAACAGACCUGGCAGACUGCUUUAGAAAGUUUGUAGACAUGUUGACAUUAUGGAUUGUUUAAAAUGACACAUCAAUUACCAAAAAAAAAUCUACUUCCAUCUAUUAAUGAUCAAAUCUGCUUCUCACUAAGAUGUCCCUAUAUUGGAAUAUAUAAAUUUGGUGCUGACUCUCUGGUAAAUACAGGCGACAGUUUUUUUAAACAAGUUUUGUUAAAUGGAAGGUUUUCAGGAGGGCAUCUAGAUAAUUGUUGUUUCAUGGCAUUGUGCUUAAUGGUUUUAUAACCCUUUUAAUCAUUGUGCUAGAUCAAAAAGUUAGUAGAAAACUGAAUUCACUGUUAUGUUGCACAUUAGUAUAGUCAUCUCAUACUUGUGAGAAGUUACAAUUGAUUUUAAAUGAUAUAAGGGAAUGUUAGGAUAAAUAUUUUGUAAUUGUUCAGAGACCAGAUGUGCUUUUUUCAAAAGAAAAUAUUUUUAUUAAUAAAUCAAAUCUCUGAGAAUUUGUGUAUGUUGGUCCUAAGACUAUGUAUCUCCACAGCCAGGUCAGUGUUCCGCCCUUGCAUGCACAGUAGUGCUUCUUUUCAUCUGUUUCCUGUUUAAGAACAUAAAAAGGGGAGAGUCGUAAACAUUUCUGCAGACUGAGUUCUACAUAAAUGCAUUUGAAGCUCCAAAUGUCAAGAAAUUGUGUGUAUUUUGGAACUUCCUUUAACUUUUCUCCUUGAAAUGCAUGUCAAACUAUUUAAUAAUUUCUAGUUUCCAAAGAGAUGUGGUCGCAUUGAGGUCUGUGACCAUAAAUGAAUUGGACAGUGGUAAAAUUGUGCAUUAGGAACAAAAGCCAAUAGAUUUUGUUUAGUCUGUCAUUUUUUAAAACUGGUAUUUAUAAAUUUUAUAGAUAAAAUUGAAUAGAUAAGGGAUUGACCAUUACGUACAUCCUUUGGCUUUUACUCAAAAGAUACCAAAACUGCUGAUAACAGUCUUUUAUUUUGAGGGCUUGCAUUUCUAUAAAAAAGGUUACAAAGUGAAGAAUAUGCCUUUCUUAAAUAUGUAUAGGAAAAGUUUUUGAAAAAAAUUGCUUUUCUGUUUUUGUUGUAGUAAAUUGUGCAAUAAAAUUGCUCAGGCG